UUGAUCACAACUGUCGGCGCCAUCUGUUGGCCACUGAUUGCAGACGCCAUCUAUCGGUCGAAACGUUUUGAAAACAGAAAAACGCUUUUCAUUUCAAAAAAAGACAUUAUUUUUGUCCACUUUUUCCACCGAAAAAAAUGUCGGCCAAAACUGUACCGAAACAGCAAUCGUCGACCAAACAGUCCAAUGAACAGAUUAUCGGCGGAUUCAAUGAGUUGCGUCAAGAACAGCGACAAGUGGCCAACAAAGUGGCCGAAUUGGAAGCAGAUCUCACGGAACACAAAUUAGUGACGGAAGCGUUGGCCGAAGUGGACGGACAGCGAAAGUGUUUUCGAAUGAUUGGCGGAGUUCUUGUCGAACGAACGGUUGCCGAAGUGUUGCCGUCGUUGCAGAAGAACAAAGAAAUGAUCUCUUCACUCAUCGAAACAUUGAAACAACAAAUCAUUCAAAAAGGACAACAAAUUACUGAAUAUAUGGAUAAACACGGCAUUCAAGUCCGCUCUCAGCCGACGGCCGGCGACGACAACAACAAAGCCGGCGACCAGAAGGCGGUCGUCGGCGGCGAGAGUUCGGGAGUUUUGGUCUAAAAAAACGAUUUUUAUUUAAAUAAAGAGAUUUUUUUGUGAUA